AUGAGCCCUUACUACUCCAUGGUUUUCGUGGCGCUCGCCACACAGAGCGUGGAUGCCUUCGCCCCCUCGACGAUGCGCCUUCGCGGAACGGCGCGUGCAAUGCCUCCAGAUGAAGGUGAUGGCUGGUCACUCCUGACCACUUUCGAGAACACAGCUUGGCACUUGGCACAGCCUCAGUUAGAGACAGCGACUGAUCUGCGAUCUGAACCACUUGGAUCGGUGGAGCAAGUCGUGUCGGCUGUUGGAUCUUCGAAGAACAGCACUGGCAAGUCCACACCGCAAGCGCCGAAGUCUCUCUCCUCGAUCCUGAAUGUAGCUGUCGACUCGGAUGGCGAUUUGGAUGAUGCCGACGUUGUUGACUUCCUCCGAGAAGGAUCGCUGGCUGGCUUUGCUUGA